AUGGCGGCCCCCGAAAGCAAACCCGCGAUGGACGUGGGCAUCUACAACGUUGCAUGGCUUGCACCCCGCCAGAUCGAGGCACUAGCUGCUUACUACAUGCUAGACGAGCUUCACAGGCAUCGGCAGCCACUAUGCGACGAGUUCUCAUACAUUGGCGGGAGUAUGGCGGGGCACAACGUCGUCGUAGUGAGCUUGCGCGGCGAUACGCCGCCCAGGUCCGGCUCUGCGGCCGCCAUGGCCUAUCGAGUCAAGAGGACGUUUCCAAACUUGCAGUCCGGGUUCCUCGUUGGACUGGCAGCUGGUAUUCCACGACGUCCGCCACGGCCCAACGACAAUACGGCUGCUCCUAUCCGGUCGGUAUUUAGUUCCUUUCGCCUCAUGAGGGAAGAAGCAUUGGCACAAAUGUUGCAUAACUUCCGGCGUAUCGAGGACUGCUGGCAUGACGACGGCACGUUCGCCCAUCCCAGUCAUACGGAAGAUCAACGGUACGGGUGGGCUGGAGACCAGACGGCGCCUGCGCAAUUAUCUUCAAACCCUCCAGAACAACAGUCCCGAGUGUUCUAUGGAACCAUUGGCUCGGGGAGCGAGUAUAUUCGCGACUCUGUUACCAGGAACAUGAUGAGGGACGAACAUGGUGUCAUCGCAUUCGAGAUGGAGGCAGCUGGCGUUCUCGCCCAACUGAAUGUUGCGGUCAUCAGUGGAUUCUGUGACUUCGAGGGGAUUCGCAGGAGCAAAGUCUUUCAGCCGUACGCGGCGGCCAUGGCUGCGUCAUAUGCCAGGCUUGUCUUGUCUCAACUGGAUGCCAACGUGCACCAGGAAGCAGCGCUACAGGGCCUGCCAGGCACUGGGAAAAGGCAGUUGGCUUUGGAAGGAAAUGACCGAACUGCCAUGCUGAGGAAUGUCUGCCAGGCUAUUGAGAAACAACGUCGCUGGCUUGUGGUUGUUGAUAAUGCCGACGAUUUUCACAUGUCUGGCCUAGAAGGACGCCGCGAGCCCAUGAUGGCGAACCUGUACGGUUUUUUGCCAAGAAGUUCAACGAGCACAACUAUUUGGCUGACGCACGACUUGGCUGUCUCAAGGUUGUUGGUUGGUCCUGGCCGGACCCUGAAGAUAACGAACAUGACUACAGAAGAUGCCGCGAAGAUGGUGGAGAAGCUCUCAAUCACUCGCACGUGGGGGACUGGGACAACCCUGUCGGAGCAGACACAAAGAAUGUCAAGUAUGACGGCUGCUGCGUUUUGGCAAGUUCAGGGGGCCCCAGAAGGCGACAUUUACCGUCCUUUGCACGAGGAUACCUCCAAUAGUCACUUGCAAUCCCUCAACGAAGCCAUCUCCAGACUCGGGCGCCAUGAUGAUUUCGCUGUCGAAAUACUCUUCAUGUUCUCGCACGGUCCCUCACUGUGA